UACUACUACUACUAUACUACUACUAGUAAUACUACUACUACUACUACUAAUACUAGUACUACUAAUACUACUACUACUAGUACUAGUACUACUAAUACUACUACUACUAGUACUACUAAUACUAGUACUACUACUACUAGUACUACUACUACUAGUACUACUACUACUACUUCCAGUGCUACUACUACUACUACUAGUACUACUACUAGUACUAUGAGUACUAUUACUACUACUACCAGUACUAAUAACACGACUACUACUACUAGUACAACUACUAGUACUACUAGUAAUACUACUACUACUACUAGUAGUACUACUACUAGUAAUACUACUACUACUAGUACUACUACUACUAGUACUACUACUAUUACUACUACUACUCCUAUUACUACUACUACUAUUCCUACCAAUACUAAUACUACUACUAAUAGUACUAAUAUUAUUACUAGUAUUACUAACACUACUACUACUACUAGUACUCCUAAUAAUAGUACUAAUAGUACUACUAAUAAUACUACUACUACUACUAGUACUCCUCCUACUACUACUACUAGUACUACUACUAAUACUACUACGACUAUUAGUACUACUACUACUAGUACUACUUCCAAUAGUACUACUACUAAUACUAGUACUAAUACUAUUACUACUACUACCAGUACUACUACUAGUACUACUACUACUAGCACUGAUACUAUUACUACUAUUGCUACUACUAGUACUACUACUACUAGUGCUACUACUAAUAAUACUAUACUAGUACUACUAGUAUUACUACUACUACUUUUCUACUAUACUACAAUUAAUACUAGUACUACUACUACUACUACAACUACUACUAGUACUACUACUACUACUAGUACUAGUACUACUAGUACUAAUACUACUACUAUUACUAAUAGUACUACUAAUACCACUAGUACUACUACUACUACUAGUACUACUACUACUACUACUAGUAAUACUACUACUACUUCUAGUACUACUACUAAUACUAGUACAACUACUACUACUACUACUACUACUAAUAAUACUACUACUAAUAUUACUACUACUACUACCAGUACUACUACUAGUACUACUACUAAUAAUACUAGUACUGAUACUACUACUACUACUACUACUACUAGUACUACUACUACUACUACUAGUACUACUACUACUACCACCAAUACUACUACUACUAGUACUACUACUACUACAAGUACUACUACUACUACUAGUACUAGUAUUACUACUACUACUAGUACUACUACUACUACUAGUACUACUACUACUACUAGUACUACUAAUACUAGUACUAAUAAUACUACUACUACUACUAGUACUACUACAACUACUACUACUAGUACUACUACUACUACUAGUACUACUACUAGUACUAUGAGUACUACUACCACUACUACCAGUACUAAUAACACGACUACUACUACUAGUACAACUACUAGUACUACUAGUAAUACUACUACUACUACUAGUAAUACUACUAUACUACUACUACUAUAUACUACUACUAAUAAAAGUACUACUACUACUGCUACUUCUACUACUACUACUAGUACUACUAUUACUACUAGUACUACUACUAAUACUACUACUAGUACUACUACUAGUACUACUACUACUCCUAUUACUACUACUACUAUUCCUACCAAUACUAAUACUACUACUAAUAGUACUAAUAUUAUUACUAGUAUUACUAACACUACUACUACUACUAGUACUCCUAAUAAUAGUACUAAUAGUACUACUAAUAAUACUACUACUACUACUAGUACUCCUCCUACUACUACUACUAGUACUACUACUAAUACUACUACGACUAUUAGUACUACUACUACUAGUACUACUUCCACUAGUACUACUACUACUACUAGUACUAAUACUACUACUACUACUACCAGUACUACUACUACUACUACUACUACUACUAGUACUACUACUACUACCACUACUACUACUACUACUACUACUACUAGUAAUACUACUACUAGUACUACUACUACUAGUACUACUAGUACUACUACUACUAGUACUACUACUACUACUACUAGUAUUACUACUACUAUACUACUACUA